CCAGGACGAGAUGGCUACCCGGGUCCACUUGGUAUGGAUGGGAAGCCGGGCCCCCCUGGACCGAAAGGAGAUAAGGGUGACCAAGGGGACGCUGGUCCAAGGAUGGUCUUUCCACGCUUCGAUCACGGAUUCCUCUCCGGCGAUCAGCCGAACUUUCAAAGGAGGAUUCUGAAGGGGGAUCAGGGGCAGGCCGGCCCCCCAGGGCCACCUGGCCCUCCAGGACCCAGGGGACCUCCAGGGAAUACAGGCAAAGAUGGACCACGCGGACCUCCUGGAGAGCCGGGGGAAGAUGGUGCUCCUGGACAGAAGGGAGAGAAGGGUAUUAACGGUUUCCAAGGUGAAAGAGGAAUCGAUGGAUUGUCAGGAACUAAGGGAGAUAAAGGAGACAUGGGUGACGUGGGCAAGCCUGGGCCUCAAGGGAUCAUGGGGGAGAUGGGAGCGCCUGGAAUUCCUGGAUUUCCUGGGCUAAAGGGUGAACCAGGAAAUGAUGGGCCAGCUGGUCCCAGGGGUCUACCUGGUCAGAAGGGUCAUCAAGGAGCAACUGAGAUCAUAGACUACGAUGGAAGAAUACAUGAAGCCCUUCAGGCUAUCCAGACUAUCAGUGUCAUGGGCCCCGCUGGUCCCCCUGGCCCCCCCGGUCCCAAGGGAGAUGCGGGACCCAAGGGUGAAUUGGGAUUACCAGGUACAGCUGGAGUGGAUGGAGAAAAGGGUCCUAAAGGUGAGAAAGGAGAGGAUGGGAUCCCGGGGUUUGCUGGUCAGAGAGGAGAGAAGGGGGAGAUGGGCUUGUCCGGGCCUGCGGGUAUUGAUGGUCAGAAAGGAGAGAAGGGAGAACCUUGCCCAUCUAGCUUGGAAGACCAUAUUGUCCAGAUGAUCUCCCAGCCUGGACCGCCAGGGCCUCCCGGUCCACAAGGUCCCAUUGGGCUUACAGGCGCUCCAGGCCCAGAGGGGGAGUCUGGGUUAGACGGCUUGAACGGAGAGAAGGGGGAGCCUGGAGAGAGGGGUCCUCCAGGCCCCACAGGUUUGGUAGGCCUUCCCGGCACCAAGGGAGAAAAGGGAAAGACUGGGGAACCAGGAUUAGACGGUUUUCCAGGGCUCAGAGGUGAAAAGGGAGACCAGGGUGUGAAAGGAGAUAAGGGGGAGAGAGGGACAACAGGAAAGAGAGGACUAAAGGGGCACAAAGGAGAGCAAGGACCCCCUGGAUUGGACCAACCAUGUCCAGUGGGGACUCCAGGAGGUAGAGGAGGCCAGGGGGAGGUGGGCUUGCCUGGCCUGGAUGCUCCCUGUCCCUUGGGUCCAGAUGGACUUCCUAUACCAGGAUGUUGGCAUAAGUGAUCUCUAACCAUCAAGCAUGGAGUGUGUACAUAUUGAUAUGGUAUAUUUUGUGGGUUGAAGCCUUUUUUUUUUUUUUGUAAAAAAAAAAAAAGUUUGUAUUUUUUUUUUUUUUAUAAUAUAUUGAGCUAUUAUAUUGGACAUGGUGUAUGAAAAAAAAAUGGAACCACAAAGAACUCUACUCACCCACUGAAAAAAAUGAACUUUCCAGUGCUGUGGGCUAUGAAGUGCUGCUACAUGGACUAAUAAUGACCCCUAACAUUAUUAACAAUGACUGAUCAUCCUUGUGAACACAGCGGAGUGAUGCAUGGAACACUAGUUCACAUGUUAAGCUUCACAGCACUAAGGAACAGUUUGCUUUUUCUUCCCACUAAAAGGGUGAACCAGCUUGGUUCAAACCCAAGAGGAAAAGAAUGUCUCAGCCCUAGACGUCCAUAGUGAAAGAAACUUGUUUUGUGGGCUUCUCUACAUGAAGGGACGGAUGGCCCAUUGGAAGAGGCCUGCCAGCAUGCAUGGGAUUGCACCAGUCUGGAUCCCAACCAUUUAUUAGACUGGGAACAGGGCGCUUGAAGCUGUGCCGUCACAAACCAGGCCGGUCUUGUGUGCCCUGCAGGGACUCCAAGUAAAAGCAACCCUCAUUCUCCUCCAUUCUUCCAAAGGGGAUGUGACACACACGUGUCAUUUUAUGUCUGUUAAUAGAAAGAUGCCGCACUGAAGAAAGGCAUUUCUGUUGGGAUUGUAUCUUCUUUUUUAACCCACAUGUUGGUACACAUGGCAAAAGUAAGACUGGUAUUAAUAUUUUAAGAUCAACAUACUGUCAAUAAGUCUGUUUUUUAUAUUCUAUAAUAUGGCUCAAUUUACAUUUAUGUUCAUAACAGGUAAAGCAAAGCCUAUAUAAAAUGUAUUUUGCAAUUACAAUGCAUGGUAUUUUCAAAGCAAGUUUGAUUUUCUUUUUUUGUCAUUUUAAAGCAAGCUGAAGUUUUGUAUUUAAAAGUAAUUAUGUGCAUGAAGAUAAACCCCUUUUUUAAAAAUGUCAUUUCUAAAUCACUGACAAUUCACUGAAGGUCGUGUUGAUGUGAUUUUGCCAAACAUGGUUGGCAUUUUCUUUUGCAUUGAACUUGCAUGUUCUGUAUACAGUCCACUUUUUUCAGUAUUACAAGAUUGGCUAAUUGAAGUGAUUGCAUGCAUGUAUCACAAAUACAAUUGUUUGCAACUGUAUUUAAAAUAACUUGUCAGAGUGCAGACAUAUCAAAGUAUCAGGAGUGUGUUAUAAAUAGUUUGGUAGAUAUCAGUCUACACACACACACACACACACACACACGUAUAUGCAAGAAUUGGACACGCGCCAGUAUUACCCAUGUUCAUACUCAGAUGCCAUUAAAUCUGAUUGCUUCCACCUCUUCCUAGAAUACCUUCUCCAAGAAUGGGAUGUCUAUCCACAACUGUAGCAUAGUUCUUACUAUAGAAAGUGGAUAUUAUUAUGCACAUGUUACUAGUUCAGAUUCAUGCCAUGGAAUUGAGAAGCAGGUUACUUAUUUCACUUGAGCAGAUAUGUAUGGGUGCUAAAAAGAAACUGGAGUUGAAAACAAGACUCCCAUUGCAGAGUUAUUCCUCAGUUUACUGUGUGCUAGAGACUAGGACCUGUGGUUUGUUUCAUCUGAAAACACCUUUUAGAAUGGGAGUCUUUUGCUUUCACUUUUUACAGGGCAGAUUUUUUAGAACCCUCAACAUACUAAUCUCUCAGUAUCGGAAUAUCCUGUAUGAAUCGAUUGUGUAAGGCUUCAGUUGAAUAUCAACGUAUCAUUCACUACUAACAGUACUUUUAGUGUUGCAUAUUACAGAAAUAAUGCACUUGUGGAAAAUCUAUUUCAAACACAUGUUACAUUUAUUUGGAGAGUGCCAUAGAAGGAAUAAAAACCCUAAAGGAAA